AUUUGUGUAGCUUCUGCUCAACAUUAAAUCUGAAGAUAGAAUUUCAAGAUGAGGCUCCAGGCUAUUCACAGCUCUUAUCCGUCCAUGUUCCUGCUGUUUUCACGCUUGAACACGGCCUCUCUUUGCAGCUCUACGGCCAUGAACUUCACCGUUAACGAAGCUUUGUUAAAACUCAGCAGCAGACAACAAAUUUUGAUGAGAAGCACUUGCUGUGGUGCGAGGAGGAGAGUGAGAUAUGAAGAAGAUGAAGAGGAAUAUGGGUACAAGGAGGAGAUCGCAAUGCUGGAAAUUUAUUCUCAGUCGGCAAGAGGAGAAGCGCUUCUUGUGAAAGCUCUUGUGGAUGAGCAGGAGGUAGAAGUGCUUAUUUUCAGGGGAUUCUCUUCUAGCUUGAGUGGUAGGACUUCACCAGAUCCAUCAAGAAGUGUGGUUCCAGCAAGAGCAGUGAUAAAAUCUAUAGACAGAAUCAAAGGGCCUUUUGAUCCUUCUAAUGUUGAGUACAUUGAGAAAGACAUUCAAUGGGAGGCCUUUAAGCCACGUCUUCCUCCUCUUUCAUAA